CCCUCCAAAUACGUAAAUAAAAUUUGGAAACUACCGUAGUACAUCAAGGCUCCUACAAUUUUCAUCAUUUGAUCAUUGCGGUCCUAGAGUCAGUAUAUCAUGAUGUGAGACAAGUCAUGCAGCUUACACGACAUAUAUUAUGAUUUGACCGCUGUUUUGUAACCCUGUGUGUUCGUACAUCGGAUCGUCCGUCGAGGAAUGCUUUUGUCCUCUGAUGAAGGUCGCUGAUGUGCUCGCCUUGUCGACCUUGUCUUUUGCCGCUUGAACUACUACAUCAAUUGAAUCCUUUACAUUGUCUGUUUCUCGCUUGAGCGAAAAGUCAUCUUCCGUGACUCCCAUUGAUAUCCUCUGAUGAAAGAAUUCACUGUAACCAACAUUUUGACCUCAGCUGCUCUAUCUUACUCGUUCCUGGUUUUCGUACAAGACAGCUACACAAGGGAAACGGAAGCGUUAACUUCAUACUGCACCAAUUAAAUUAAACAAUGAAGUUUAUGGUUGACCUAAUUUAGCCGACGUUUUAGCGUCUCUCAGUUAGAAAUUAAAAUCGCGAUCGAUCAUAAGGAAAGUCUAAUUCAGUUUUUUUUUUCUUUGCACAUCAAUACGGUCAUGCCGCUUUGCUGGAUUUGUAAAGCAGAGACAAAUUAUCACUGUUUAAGCUGCCAAGCGUAUGUCUGUAACAGGGCAGAAUGCUCUGUUUUGGCGCCUGAAGAAACGCUGUACUGGAAGGCUGGCUUUAGUGUAGCCUUUUGUUUGACAUGUUCACAUAACACCGCCGACGAAAGUGUUGAGGAAGAAAUCAACCAAACAGAAGUCUCACUCACAAGAAAAGAAGAAGAAGUAGACGCUAAGUCAAGUACAUCUCAAAUGAAAAGUCAAGGUGGCACCAAAGAAAAAGUCCAGGAGAAGCGGAAAUGCUUGAACUUACAGCAGAGAGUUGAGAUGAUAGUGUAUGCGAAAGAUCAUCCAAAAGAGGGAUACCGUAAAAUUGCUGAAAAAUUUGGCAUUGGGAGAACACAAGCACAUAAAAUCUUAAAACAAAGAAAUGAAAUACUAGCAUUAUAUGAAAGAAAUUCUCGGCCAAAUCAGCAAAAGAGGGUCCGUUCUGCGAGGUACUCAAAAGUCAAUGAAGUACUACUGCAAUGGUAUGUCAUCUGCAGAAACUUAAAUAUUGCUGUUUCAGGAACAAUGCUUCAAGAGGAAGCUUUGUUGAUUGCAGAAAAAUUGGGCAUUAGUGGCUUUGCUGCAUCUAAUGGGUGGCUAGAGUCAUUCAAGAAACAGCACAAUAUUCACAAUAUGAUCAAAGCAGGCGAGAAUGGAGACCUUUGUGAGGCGACUAUUGAAAGCUGGAAUGAACAGGUCAGACAGUUCAUCAGAGGAUGGAAGCCAGAGGAUGUGUGGAAUAUGGAUGAGACAGGGAGCUUUUGGAGAGGAUUACCUGAACCCAGCCUAACUGAAAGGGGGAAACGAUGUAGUGGUGGAAAGCAAGCCAAUGAGAGAACUACAUGGGCAUUUUUUGUUAAUGCUGCUGGAGGAAAGGAAGACCCAAUUGUGAUUGGUAGAUAUUUGAAGCCACAUUGUUUUAAGAAUGUAAAUGAUUCUAAAAGACCUUAUCAAUGCUGCUAUUUUGCAAACUCAAAAGCAUGGAUGACAAAAGAAAUAAUGGCUGAUGUCUUGUCCCAACUUAAUGAAACCUUGAUUCGAAAGAAGAGAACUAUCUUACUGUUCUUGGACAGUGCUCCAUGCCACUCCCCUACCUUGGCUGAGAAGUUUUCGAACAUUGGCAUUAAUUUCCUGCCUAGUAACACAACAUCAAAGACUCAGCCCCUUGAGGCGGGUAUAAUUGCAAACUGGAAAGUGAAGUACAAAAAGCGGUUGCUUCGCUAUGUGUGCUCCAAGGUGAGUCAAGGCGAAAGCACCGGCGAGAUCGUCAAGUCCAUAGAUAUCUCUAUGGCCAUCCAGUGGGGACGACAAGCUUGGGAUGAGGUGUCUCCUGAAACAAUCCAAAGAUGUUUCAAGAAGACAAGGCUCUACCCAGAAGGACUCGUGGAGGAAGAUGAUCCUUUUGAAGGAGAAGAUGAGCUGCAGCAGCUUCAAGAACUAAUCAACAGGAUCAGCUCUUGUGAUGCUGGAGCAUUUAUCUCGGCAGAGGAUCAACUCGAAGUAUGCCUUGGUAUCAUUGAAAGCUCUGAUCCAAACUGGAGGAAGUCAUUACGUGAUCAGCUGCUUAAUGAGAAGAAGGAAGAAAGUAGGGAGGUUGCAAAUAGCUUAGCAGAUGAGAGAGCCCCUAAAAUUGAUGAAAGGUCUUCUGGGGGGAACAAAGAAUGUGACCCUGAGUUGAAACAACCAGCUAUUAGGACAAUAUCAGAGGCAGAGAAAGUGGCAGAGCAACUGACAGACUUUGCCUAUUUUAAUGGCCACCGGGAACUUUCUUUGGCAUUAAGCCAAGUAAACCAUUUGAUCCAUGAAAUCAAACUGCAGAAACCAAAAAGCUAACCACUGAUUUCAAAUUACCUUUCUUGUUAGAUAAUAGCAAACUUAAACAGAGGUGUUUUUGAGAUGUGAAUGGCAACUGGCAGAAUAAUAGGACUACUUCAUAUACACUUUGAUGCCAUGGUAUCAACCACAGGGUCAUCAUCCAUUUUUUUUUUCAAAGUUAUUGUACUUUGGCAGGAAAAUCUGUAAUUUAUCAGAGCUGGAGAAACCAUACAAAACCUACUUUUAAUCUACCGUACUUAAGUUUAUCUUUCACAAAAAGUGUGCAAUUGAGUUGUUUAUUGCUUGUGAGACUAAGAGUUAAAACAAGUUUCCUAAGAAGAAAACCAUUUACUUUAAGUUAGUAACAAAUUUUGUUUUGUAGUGCUGGAUGUAAUAUCUAGCUAUGAGAAAACAAAAGGCAAGUUGACAUGUACAUUUGGAUGGAUUUGAUCUUAGUCCUUCUGCCACAGUCUAUUUUAAAACAGUAUUAUGAGGUACAAUUUGAUGGUGUUUGAUUCUACAGUCAUUGCAUAUCUAUCCUUUUCAGACUUCAUUAAUAUUGUUGCUUACAUAAUUGUUGUUGAUGUUUGUGUUAAAAUUUCUGCCACAUGAAUUCCAUAAAUUUUGUGUGAAAGGCAUAAUGACUUGUAGAGCAAGAAAGUUUUUAUCACCAUCAUUGAGGUGUUGUACUUUACUAAUACUAUAGUUGUACUGUAUUUUGAAUAAAAUAGUUGAUUGUCAAUUUUUCCAAGUGAGUUGUGCUGAAUGCUUUGCUCCAGAAAUUGGCUUUUGGAGGUUAUGUGUCCAUAAAAUUAGUUUCUGACCUAAAAGGAGAAUUUCUUUAUUAAAA